GGUCGUCUGUGUGUCUGCAGGUGAUGGAGACGUCUCCGACCAUUGGAUUCAAUGUGGGAACUCUGGACCUGGACAAGAAGACGUCUCUGACUGUGUGGGACGUCGGAGGACAGAAGAACAUGAGAGUCAACUGGAGGUACUACCUGGACGACUGUAAGGCUCUGGUCUUCGUGGUGGACAGCAGUGAUCGUUCCCGGCUGCCGGAGGCCCAGAAGGUUCUGAAGAAGAUCCUGAAUGACGAGAAGCUCCGCGGAGUUCCUCUGAUGGUUCUGGCCAACAAGAAGGACCUGCCCAACUCCAUGACCAUCCGAGAGGUAGGGAACACUCCACAGAGAACCAGGGAGAACCACAGAGAACCAGGGAGAACC